AUGGGGCAGGGACAAAGCUUGCUUCAGAGGCACGGCUACACAUUUGAGAAGCAGACAGAAAAUGGCUUAAUAGCCAUAAAGGAUGAUGAGAGAUUUCUCAUAACAAAACAGGUAACAUGUUUAUUUAUUUAUUCUUAAACUGUCAGGUGCCUCUUCAUGACCAAUAUUUACACAGUCUGGUAUUAAAACAGAUUUCUGAAAAUCUGAGAAUACUGGAUGAGGUAGAAAUACUCAAGGAGGCACAACAUCCUCAUACUAUAAGCAUCAAGGAGUACUAUCCAGGUAAGUCUCACUUUAAAUGUCAUUGUCAAGUGAAAUAUAUGCGGUAGUAAUCUCUUUAAUUGACUGCGCUUUAACAGUUUCGAUUAUAGAAUCAUUGAGCUAACGACUUCAAUAAAGAAAUGAUAUUUUUAGAUUAGAUCAGAUUAGACAUUAUUUUGAAAAAUUUCAUAUCUUUAUUUUUAAGAAAAUUCUGAAUACAUGACCAGGUGAUUUUUCUGCAUUGGCAAAAGCUAAUUAAAGCUCCAACUCCAAUGUCCACUACUCUCUUUUUACUAUUUUAAAUGGCUCUGCCAUUAACCCUUCUACCUGAGUUACACAGUUGUUUGGUGGUUUCUUGAAUUUGUAUGUUACUGAGCAGUUUUAUCUGCUACACCUUGCAAGAUAAAAGUGAUCAACUGACCACUUUCUAUGUGGUGACAAAGUACUGUGAGGGAGGAAACCUAGCGAACAAGAUCAGAAGGAAGAGCAACGAAGAAUCAGAGGUACUGCUUAUAAAUGACUAUAACUACAUGUAGUGCUGGGCGAUUGGACGAUAUAUAUCGUUGGCACGAUAGAAAAUGUCUAUCGUGCCAUUUUUAUUCUUAUCGUUUCGGGCGAUAGGUUGUAUUUAAUCCAUAGAGCUUGUGCCAUCAGAUGAUUCAUAGUAACAACAAUAAUUGCACAUUCAGUAAGUGUAUUUGGUGUCGAACGGGAAAGAAAACAAUAUUUUCUUACAAAGAAAAGGAUGCGUUGACAUGUAGGCUUGCAUUUCUCUUUCGAUUUUGCGACAUGACGCCGCUUUACGUGCCAUCUUUAUGUCCAGCGCCUCCCGCCGUUGCGGGUUACCUGGGUUACACACGUGAGGGGAUCAUUGUAAGCAGUGCUUAAUUUGUGCCGGAGCAAGUCGGAGCGCGAUCCGGGACCUCUUUUGAUCGGAUCUGGGACCUAUUUCAGCCGCUCCGGCACCUGUUUCAUCUGCUCCGGGACCUUCCCUGUGGAGGAUGACUUUUUUCGGGAAUUCCCGUGGGUCACGUGAUUCCCGCGGGAUGGGAGUCAUUUUUUUUAUUAAUCUCUUGAUCGGGACGGGACGGGAAAAAAAGCAACGGGAGUGGGCAGGAGCGGGAACAACAUUAAAAGAUGAUCAUUUUCAGCCGUGUUUAACAACCAGAUGAACAGGUGCGUCCAUUUUUGUAGUCAUCUCUCAGUGAGAGUAAACACUCUUGACCGCGCUAGCAACACAAAAGAACUACAACAGCGGUUUGACUUCCUGUCAGCUGGGAGCGCGGCUGCGCAUUUGUACCCUUCAAGCCAGCAGCGAGGAAACGUAAUUUUGUGACAUUCUGUAGUUUUUCAAUCAUUUCUGGAGUCGUGGCGAAUCAAAUCACCUUACCUGUCUGCUCCUGAUAGGCGAAUAAAGCGCUCGGAUUCAUGCUCCGGUCUACCUACGUGCUUCAAGAGUAAAGUAAACAAUGAUGGAGGCAGAGAGCAGCUUUGGAGGAGAAACAUCUAGCAGUGUGAACAACCUCUUCAAAAGAGCCCUAAAGACCUACCUUUUUAAUAAAGCCUUUGGUUAGUUUUCCUCUAUGCUUUUACUACCUUGCCUCUUACACUGCAACUCUAUAUAUUUUAUUUUUUUUUAAUUCUUUUUUAUGCUAAUCUGUGACUGUCAUUCUAUUGCUUUUUUUUAUUGUUGCUGCUCUUUUUUUACUGUGUACUGUAGCACUUUGAGAUUUUUUUGUAAAUGUAAAGUGCAUUACAAAUUAAAUUUAUUAUUAUUAUUAUUAUUAUUAUGGAGUGCUUUGGCUCACACUAUCAGCGUUUUCUGUAAGUGUUACAUAACUUUGGGUGCGCACAGACAUGAACGCACUUCAGCCACGUAUUUGUUUAUUCAUUUUUCUAGUUUUAAGUGCUGGUCUUGUACUGGCACUGUACUAGUGCAGCUGUAUACACUUAAAUUUUUCAUAGAACUGAAAGCAUACCAUAGCUAUAUCGUGAUAUAUAUCGUUAUCGUGAUAUAAAAUGAUCCAUAUCGUGAUAUACAUUUUUUUCCAUAUCGCCCAGCACUAACUACAUGUAUGUAUGUAUGUAUGUCUGUAUGUAUGUAUGUGUACACACACAUACAUACAAAUAUACACACACAAACACACAAAUAUAUAUAUAUAUAUAUAGACACACACACACGCACACAAAUAAAAUAAUAAAACACACAUAAAAUAAUAAUAAUAAAAAAAAGAAUGUUAUUUUCUAAACAUCCUCUCUUUUUGUUUAAGGCACUAGACUGGAUUGCUGAAAUCUGUGUGGCGCUGAAAGUUAUUCAUGAAAAAAACAUUCUGCAUGAAAAUGUGAUUCCACAGGUAUGAGACCCAUUUAAUAUGAUAAAAUCAUUGAUAUGGGUUAAUAAAUGGGUCAGUUUUCCCAAACUACUGUUGCAGACUAUUGUUCUCUGUUUGAGUAAUAUCACUUGAUGCAGCCUUUUAUAUCAGUAUCGUAUCGGAAGUGAAAAAAUAGUUCCGGGACAGAUCCUAUUUACACCAACUACAUUCUUUUAAAAAACUCAAGCCUUUAGUCACUGAGCGCUCAAGAUUCUUUUUUCUUCUUUCAGUUAAGUUUCCCCAGAAACCGAAACUGAAGGACAAGGUUCGCAGGUUGGGAAACUGACAAAACUGCACCUUUUAAACAAAAAGUUAAAACAAAAGUGGUUAGAAGCAUGAUUUGACUGUGGAAAAAAAGAUCCUGAUCUGGAAACAUUAAACCUGCAACUGAAUAAGCAACAGUAAAUUUAAAAAUAUAUAUUUAAGAGUGAAAAAUGAAAAUAAAUAAUUUUAUCGUAAGAAUCUCAGAGCUGCAGCCAAACUAUAUUUAAACUGAAAAAAAAAAAAAAAAAACUUUCAUACACUCUCAUACACACUUAUUUUGAAUACAGUUUUAAAAAUUUUUAAACUCAAGCUCAAACCUUGAACUUUCGGUUUCAAAUUCUAUUUUUUCAAUUACAUUUUUUUGUAAUUGGCUGGAUUUAGCUCCAUAUUCAUGAAGCUGGUGGAGAGAAAGUACAGAGUGUGUAAGGCUGUGGUCAUAGCAGAAGGUGGCUUCUUUUAAGACUCUAAUAUAUAAAACAUAUUCUAGUCUGUCAUCUAUUUAUAGUAAGUUCACAAAGCAAUAUCCAUGAAGUGUGAGGACACCAAUUAAAUUAAUAGAACUUGCAGAUAGCAAGUUUGCUUUAAAUAUUUCUGUUUCUAGUGCUAACUAAGUAGUAGUUAUCAAACUGAAAGGUACAGGUAAGUGGCUUUCUGUAAGAUACAUUAUUAACGUCAUGUUUCAGAUGAAGUUUUUUGGAAUUCAAUUCUGUGUUGUAAAACUAAAUUACCUUUUUUCUCUUGUGUAGAACAUUUUCUUCACUGAAUUUGGAAAGCUGUGUUUGGGGGGAUUUUGGAAAGCCAAGGAGAGGUAAUUAACCAUUGUUAUGAUAGCAAAUAUAAAAAUAUAAAGCAAAAUAUAUAAACAUAUUAAUAUCUUAAGAAAUUCAUACAUUUUUUUAUUUUUUUGUUGUCAACACAGCUCAAAAGAUGCUCAAGACAUUCGUUAUCUGGCACCAGAGGUCUUCAGGAACAGGAACUAUGAUGAAAAAAGGUAGAGAACUUCAAAUCAAAAUGAUAAAUGUCUGCUUAAAACUACUUGUCAGGUUUGGUGGUUCGUUGUCUUCACAUUUAGUUUUUUGUUUACAGUGAAAUCUGGUCCUUGGGAUGCAUACUCUAUGAGCUCUGCACUCAAAAGCAAGCCGUAAGAUACCUAAGGAUGUGUGCGAUUAACAAUGAAUUGAAUUUUAUUACAUCUGAGAGAAAUCAAAACUCCAAACAACAGGAAAUUCUAUAGAUAGGCUGGCUGCUCUGUGAGGCUGUACUUUAAAGAUACAGCAAAAUUUUCAAAUUCACUGACACUGUUGAGUUCAUUUUGAUAUACAAUCACUAAGUCUAAUGUUGCCUUUACAACAGGCGUGAAUAAAAUCAUCUACUCGCUUAAUUUGCAAAUAUCUGGACGUGCAAAUGUUGUAUUUACUCACUUUAUUCGCCAGAAUAAUUCACAAAUGACUUGCUUGAUUUGCAUGUUUGUAUCGCGUGUCUGCAGAGAGCCCAAACACACGUGUGUUUAGAUAGAAUGAAAGAGGAGAGAAAGAGAGAAGGGGUUCCUUCAUGUCAGGUCAAUCUGUUUUCAUCAAACAUAACAGAGGUUGACCAUACUGUGAGGAUUCUGAUAAGUUUAAACAACUUACCAGAUAAUCGGAUGGACCUCCUCACUCACUUUCCUCCAGCUGAGCUCUUCUUUUUACUCCUGUCCUGGUGUCACAGACAAGUUUUGUUCUCCAGCUCAGGUGGCUGCAUACUGUAUGGGUCGUUUAUCCUCCAUUUUCCAUAUAAGUGAAAACAUGUUUAUUCUGUUUGUGAUAAGUGAUUUCAUUUUCUGUUGUCCAAUGUAAGUACAAUGCUAUUUGAUCAAAACUUUACAGUUUUCUGCAACCACUACAGCCAAUCUGGUCUCCAAGAUUUUAUGUGGUCCUACUCCAUGUCUGGAUGAUGAGAAGUACUCUUCACAGUUUCAUAAACUCCUGAGUGACAUGCUGAACAAAGAUCCUGCCUCUAGACCAACAGCCGGUGACAUUUUGGGACGUGCCAUUAUUUUAAAAAGUCUACUGAAAAAGGUCUGACACAUUUUGAAAAACAGAAUUGAUCUGAUUAACACAAUUUUGAGAUUUUUUUUUUCUGUUUGAAACAUCAAACAUGCAGCCAUACAUACUAGGGGUGGAACGGUUCACAAAAUCCACGGUUCGGUUUGUAUCACGGUUUUGUGGUCACGGUUUUUCGGUUCGGUUCAGUAUACAUUGACUGUUACAAAAAUCAAUUGCGUCUUGUAUAGUAAACUGAAAGAAUGAGGCAGUCUGACAUUCAAUACAUCAUUGUGACAGUCUUAGGUUAAAAGGUAGGUCAGAUUCUGGCAGUGCAAGAGAGGAGACAUAGUUCCAACAUGCUUUACAUUUAUUUGGCAAAUGAUAUCUCUAUCUAUCUAAACAAAAAAGUAAAAUGGCUCUUAUAGCUCUGACCCUUGAAUUAGUGCAUACAAAAGAAUUUAACUUUACUAUUUUAAAAACAACAUUAUAUACCAUCAACAUAAAGUGAAGCAUAGGCUCUAUCAGCACUAGACUUAUGCCCUUUUAAAAUCAACACAAAAACAACAUGUUUCUCGUAACAUGUAACAUGUUUCAACUCCCUGAUUAUUAGUUGUUCAUGAAAAGCUCAGUAUUUUUCACUUGAAAUUGAAGUGCAGUGAAGUGUGUGAAAUACAAUACAAAUCAGGCUGUAGUUUUGAUUAAACUUUAAGUGUCACUGUGUUAUCUAAAGUCUAAACAAAAUGAAAUAAAUAAUCCCAAUUAAUAGGUCAUUCAUAUAAAAUGCAGCAUAAACCAAACUUAACAGAUCCUGCGCUCUACUGCACUCUCUCACACAACUCUGCUCAUUGUAUUAUCAUGUUCUUCUGCAAGAAGAUCAGUUUGUCCACAUUCUCUGCCAAGAGACGAGAUCUACUUGCAGUGACAAUGUCCCCUCAUCUCCCACUCUGAGGUAAUGUAAUAGACAGUCACAGUCAGGAAACUUUCAGUUGCCCUGGAGGUCCAUCCAUCUCACACAUAGGCUGUGUGAGACAGUUCUUUCACAAUUUCCCGUCGGAUCUUUUCAUAAAGUGCGGGAAUUACCGUGCCGCUGAAGUGUUUGCGGGAGGGGAUCUUAUAUCGUGGCUCGAGCGCCUUUAUCAUGUACUGAAAUCCCGCACCCUCAACCACGGCGUAAGGUUGCAUAUCUUUGGCGAUGAAACACCCCAGUGCCUUUGUUAUGCCCUUCGCCCUGUCCGACUCGUCAUUGUACGGCUGUUUAAAAGCUGCAGAGAGAAGAAGUUGUGCAGGGUUGCCCCUCCUUGCGCUGUCAACAGCCACACUGGGAUGAUGUCUCCGUAAAUGAACUGACAUGUUAGAUGUGUUCCCGUUAGCAUAAGCAAUGCGUGUUGCACAGUACUUGCACACUGUCGCACUUUUAUCCACAACUUUCUUACUGCCUUCAUAGUUCACCCUGAACGCAAAAUGCUCCCAUACCCCAGACCUAUAUAACGCUGGUGGCGCAUCCUCCAGCCCCGAGUCUUCUCCGCUCGCCAUGUUCACAGCUCCUCUACAACUAAUUUCCGGGACACACCCAUAGUUGCGCAUGUGUAUGACCCGAACGGGAUGCAAGCACACCGAACCGGGACGGUCGAACCAAACGGUUCAGUUCGGUUUCUUAAACCGUUCCAUCCCUAAUACAUACACUGUACUGUUGUAUUUGCUUUGAUCAACUGAUGGCCGUUGAACUCUAACACUGACCUUUUAAUAGAGCAAGACAACCGUGGAAUUCCUCCAGACUCAACUGGCCAAACUUGAAGAAGUGGCAGGCAGUUUGGAGCAAGUCCAUAAAGGCACCACCAUCGCCAGCCUUACAGGAGGAGUGAUAGGAGCAGCAGGUGGGAUUACAACCAUUGUGGGCCUUAUUCUGGCCCCGUUCACUUUGGGAGCCUCUCUGAUUGUCACUGGGAUAGGAGUGGGAGUGGGUGCAGUAGGUGGGGUCACGGCUGGGGCCUCAAAUGUCACAAACAUGGUCAAUCAGUCCUCUAAUCGCCAAGCCGUUAAAAACAUCCUCAAGGAGUUUGAUGAGAAAAUAAAUGCAGUUAACAUCUGGCUGACUGAGAUUUGCCAAAGGUUAGAGAUUUUGAGGGAACGUUUAUCAUCUCAACCACCAUCUGAGGACAGCAGUUCAAACAUGGGACAGCAGGCAGACAGUUCAAACAUGGGACAGCAGGCAGGGGGAGCUGCAAGGCUCGGUAAGGGCUUAGGAACCGCUGCUGAACUGGCCCGACACCUCAGUGUGGCAAACAUGGGCAGAAUUGCAGCCCAGGCUUCCAGGUCAGUGCGUGUGGCAGAGGCAGCGACUGGUGUGCUCUCUGGAUUAUUUUUGGCAUUUGAUGUCGUAUUCAUCGCCAUGGAUGCUAGAGAGAUUCACAGAAUAAGACAGACACAGGCAGAUGGUGAAACUUCCUCUGAGAUCUUAAAAUUUGUCCAGUCCGUCAGAAAGGCUGCAAAAGAGUUGCAGGAAAUUUUGGAUGGGUUCAUGGAUACUGUCUCAGAGGUCAAAUUUCUUGAGCAAUUGUCGAAAUGA